AUGUUGUGUACUUGUGAGAAGACUUGUGGCUCACCAAUUCGCCAGGAUUCCCACAUAUACGGAACAAUCCAUGCCUGUCCCAAGCCAAAGUGCCGGAACAAUCCAUGCCUGUCUCGAUCCAAAGUGCCAGCACAAUCCAUGCCUGCCCCGAGCCAAAGUGCCAGAACAAUCCAUGUCUGUCCCGAGCCAACGUGCCAGAACAAUCCAUGCCUGUCUCGAGCCAAAGUGCCAGCACGAUCCAUGCCUGUCCCAAGCCAAAGUGCCAGAACAAUCCAUGCCUGUCUCGAGCCAAAGUGCCAGAACAAUCCAUGCCUGUCCCUAGCCAAAGUGCCAGAACAAUCCAUGUCUGUCCCGAGCCAAAGUGCCAGAACAAUCCAUGUCUGUCCCGAGCCAAAGUGCCAGAACAAUCCAUGCCUGUCCCUAGCCAAAGUGCCAGAACAAUACAUGCCUGUCCCUAGCCAAAGUGCCAGAACAAUCCAUGUCUGUCCCAAGCCAAAGUGCCAGAACAAUCAAUGCCUGUCUCGAGCCAAAGUGCCCGAACAAUCCAUGCCUGUCCCGAGCCAAAGAGACAUACGUACAUAG